UGCUUUGUAUAUUUCAUGCCAUACACUGAAACAGUCAUAACAUGUGUUUAUCCGCCAAAGAAAUGUCCCGAAUGAUUCCGAUACGCGGAAAAAUCAGCCAAGCUAAUUAACGCCUGGCCUCAUAUUUAGCGCUGUAAUGUCGCCGCCAUGACCCGCCUUGACAAUUCCCCCGCGGGUGGAACGCGUUUACUUUUACCUUGUAUCACUGAUACAACUAUUAAUUAUCAUUAUUGAUAACUGAAAGAGUGAGAAAGAUGGAGAAAGAUCCCUAGAGAUGGAUUCCCCAGAAGACCCGUACAUCGCCCCCCUCGCGUCUGGUGAAUUAGAGAUCAACAGGGUGGAUUUGGGUAAAGUCGGGCUCAAGAUGGAGGAAAUGGUGCCGCUGGAUUUGUCGGACGAACCCAGAAAGCCGUCAAGACUAAGAUUGUUUAAGUGCCCAGUUAUUGGACUGAAGAUGCUCUUACUCGCUGAAAUGUCUGUGGUGUUAUUUUUCAAUUUUGCAUCUUUUAGUAUUCUUGCGACUUUCUUCCCAAAUGUGGCCCUUGACCGCGGCGCUGACCGUACGCAGAUUGGUUUAAUUUUUGGAGCGUACCCCGCCAUUGCGUUCCCUGCAUCGCUUGUGUACGGCGCUUUGAUCCCUCUCAUCGGUACUGAGAAGCUGCUUCUUGCGGGGAUAUUUACUAAUGGCAUUACCGUUGUACUAUUUGGGUUCGUUCCCUUGGCGACUUCAGCACGCUUGUUCAUCAGCAUGUGCUUCUUACUGCGAGUCCUGGCCGCGAUAGGAGGGGCAGCGUGCGAGACGACAGUCAGAGCCAUCGUGCUGACGGAGUUCAGCGACAACGUGGGCUUUUCUAUGGGUUUGCUAUCUACUUCCACCCAGCUAGGCUUCACCGUAGGCCCCUUCCUUGGGGGGAUAUUAUACUCGCUUGGCGGAUUCAUGCUGCCGUUCGCUGUGAUCGGAGGACUUCUCCUCGCUCUACUGUUUCUUGUGUGCUACGCUUUGCCUAAACAAACGGCAGAUCCUUCAAACCUCGAGAAAGGUCCUAUGACACAAGCUCUUACUAUACCGGGGGUUUUAUUAAUGGGUAUGGCUAUUAAUGUUAAUAUUAUCGGGCUGGCAUUCCUGGACCCGACACUAGCACCACAUGUUUUUUCGAUCGACCCAAGUAUGGCCACCGCAAUCGUCGGUCUGAUCUUCCUGAUCAGCGGUUUGUCCGCGGCUGCGCUCUCACCUGUUGUCGGUACUCUGUGUGACAAAAAGGGGUGUUUCUCGGAAUCUGUCAUAUUUGGUCUUGUCAUUUGCGGCAUUUCGUUGCUUUUAGUUGGACCGUCUCCCGCCUUCAAUUUGUUCCUUCCGAGUGCUAUUUGGCUCGUGUGCAUCGCGAAUGUCCUGAACGGCGCGUCUACAGCUUUUGUGAUUGCUCCUUCAGUCAGCGUCAUGUCCGAUCACGUCAGUGCUGCCGGCAUGCCGGACGACAUCGCUACCAAUGGAGCAGUGUCAGGGAUCGUUACGGCCGCGUUGAAUUGCGGGUCGUUUCUCGGUGCUUUCGGAGGCGGUGUAUUGAAUGACUGGCUUUCUUUCUCCACCGCAGCCACUGUCGUUGCUGUUCUUCAAUUCUUACAGGCUGUCUCGAUUUGGCUUUUCAAUUUCUUCUGGAGGUAAGAUUAACCCGCUGGGUGACAGCCUAAUCUUUUCUAUAGUAACGGGUUAUAACACUUAGUGUAACACUUAGACGCCAAAGGUGAGGCAAGUCAUAUUUGAUGAUUUCUAUAAAGCCGGGUGAAAAUGUGUGUUAAGGGUUGACAAAAUAGUCCCUGCUAUUUGGAUUUGUAGCAGACCUAGAAAUAUUGAGGGGGGAGGGGGGGCACGAUACAGAAACAUUUAGAAAAUAUUGGGGGCACAGCUAUGUCCCUAUUGGUCCUUAUAACUUUUGAAAAUAUGGGGGCACAUGCUCCUAUUACCCCACCUAUGGCCCUGCAUUACUUGGAAGGUGCUUAUUCGAAAUAAUAAAAAUGAGAUAAAAAUACUAUCGAUUGUUUCUUAUUCCUAGAAUAAAGAAAAAAAGGAGAAAAUCGUCUCAAGGUUAUAGAGCAGUUAAUGAACAGGAAACUACCCCUCAGCCCUGAAUGUCUAACUGUUGCCAUGGAAACAGGUCAUCAACAGAUGUGAAGGCAGCACACCGUUUUCACACCAUGAUCUAACUGUUGCCAUGGAAACAGGUCACCAGCAGAUGUGAAGGCAGCACACCGUUUUCACACCAUGAUCUAACAGGCCUGUAGUCUGGAGAGAUUAUGAUUUUAAGGGGAUUGUUCUUGACUCAAGUCAAGAGACUAAGUUAAAACGAUGCUUUUGAUUACAGUAUAUAUUUAGACUUUUAAAAAAGAGCAAUCAUAAUCUCCUCCAGACUACUGGCCUGUUAAACGGACCCUCCAAUUCAGGGUCUCCAUUUAAAACUUUUUCCUGAGGAUAGUAGGGGGACUCCUCAAUAGGAAGGGCUGAAUAGGAAAAUCACCUAUUGACUCCCUCUGCUUGAAAUGACACCUGCCUUCUAUCCUUUUUCAAUAAAAAAUGUCAGUGUUCAUAAAAAAAGACAACCCUAUGACCGAAAAAAAGCUUGGAUAACUUGAUACCAUUACAUUAGUAACAUUAGCUUAAAAGUACACCCACUUCCAUACUUAGAAAUUUUAUUUGCCAAAUACCAUUUCCUGUUGUGCAAGCAAUUUUUUUAAAAAUAGGUCUAUGAACAUCAUGUGACUCCUUGCGGUAUUUAAUAAAUGUUAUUUUACAUAUUGUAAAUAACAGAACAGUACAAAGAUCGAUUGUUUUUACUUUUAUCUUUAUUAUAUUUUUCUGUUCACAUAAUAAAAUUGUUGCUUAAUGAAA